AUGGAUAGUCCGGAUUCCAAAUAUAAUGGUGCUGAAAGAAAUACUUUUUUAUCUAGAGUUUUUGGUCCCCAUUCCACAGUAGGAAACUCAUUGGGCAACACCGAGAUAACACAAAUUACUCCCUCAAGUGAGCGGUCCACCAUAGCUCGCAAUGAUUUGGGGAUCAUAGAAUCAGAUCAAGACAGUUCUUCCUCUGAGGAUACUGAUGCUUUUGAUCGCGAUCAGGAUCGUGUGCGACCUUUUGAAGGCAUUCAAAGUGUCGUUUUGGACCCUGAUUCUGGAGCAGAAAGCUCUAGUGAAAAUCCCAGCAUAUCUAGUUCAAUACCUAAGGCAGGCCAAGGUGAUGCUAGCGAUGAGAGCGAUUUCCGCGAAACGUCAUACGCUGGUCCGUAUGACGAGGAUAAUGAUCGCGAGGCUAAAGAAAAUUCACCACACAACGGCCUCUUGGAGUCAAUGGAUUUCAGAAGCCAGUCUCCUGUGCCGGCUGGUCCGUCAACAGGGCGUGCAAAUAACAACCCGUCUAAGAAUGCGUGGAAAAAUACAUUCGUCGGGAACAGAAAAAGCUUCCUGCAGUUUAAAGAAAAUAAGCCAGCAGAUCAAGAAGAAAGUUUCUUGUUCCGAAAACCUUCAGUCUGGGACGAAGAAAAUCAAGCUCGUGUCAAACCUCAAACCACCGUGCCACGCGUUCUUAACAACUUCUCGAAUAUUGCGCGUACACCAACGAACAGAUUAAACACCUUGAGCCCUCGCGAAAGGGCUUUGUGGAAAUGGGCCAAUGUCGAAAAUCUCGAUCUGUUUCUGCAAGAAGUUUACGACUAUUACUUAGGGAACGGCUUUUUUUGCAUUUGCAUUGAGAAGGUUCUUAAUAUCGCGACACUACUUUUUGUGGUAUUAGUAUCAACCUAUCUUGGUUGCUGCAUCGACUACUCCAAACUAUCAACCAGCCACAAAAUUUCUGAUAUUCAAAUUCCGCAAUGCUACAAUACUCAAAUAACUGGUGCUUCCAAAGUCCUUUUAUGGGGGUUCUACAUUUUUGUAGGACUGAAGACACUACAGUUCUAUUCCGACCUCAAGGCCCUGCGAGACAUCCGCAAUUUCUACACAUAUUUGCUCGACAUUCCUGACAAGGAACUACAGACCAUUGCUUGGCAGAAUGUCAUAAAACAAAUAAUGCUCCUGAAGGACCAAAAUGCCGUCACUGCGAAUGUUGUGGAGGUAAAGGCCAAGAACCGUAUUGACGCUCACGAUGUUGCAAACCGCAUAAUGCGAAAAGAAAAUUAUUUGAUUGCUCUGUUUAAUAACGACGUCUUAGACUUGUCUCUCCCAAUUCCUUUAUACAGAACAAGCACACUAACCAAGACACUGGAAUGGAAUCUGAAUCUGUGCAUAAUGGGAUUUGCAUUCAACGAAGGAGGUUAUUUAAAGCAGAGCUUUCUAAAGUCAUCGCAAAGGGGGUAUUUGGAAGAAGAAUUGCGCAAAAGGUUCAUGUUAGCGGGCUUUUUAAACAUUAUACUUUCUCCUUUCUUAGUCGCGUACUUUGUUCUGUUGUAUUUCUUCCGUUACUUCAAUGAGUAUAAGACCAGUCCCAGUGCCUUGAGUUCGCGGCAGUAUACGCCCAUUGCGGAAUGGAAAUUUAGAGAGUACAAUGAGCUCUAUCAUUUAUUUCAGAAACGACUGGGUCUUAGCGUUGAGCUUGCUAAUGAAUAUAUCGAUCAAUUCCCCAAGGAGAAAACUAAUUUGAUUAUGAAGUUCGUGGCUUUUGUUUCUGGAUCCUUUGUUGCAGUGCUCGGUAUUAUGACUGUUUUCGACCCCGAGAACUUUUUGAACUUUGAACUUACGCAUGACAGAUCCGUUUUGUUUUACAUAAGUGUUUUCGGUACUAUUUGGGCGGUUUGUCGAAGUUCGGUAUCCAACGAUUACAAGGUGUUUGAUCCUGAAGUCACACUGAGAGAGGUUGUUAGUUACCUUCAUUUUAAUCCGAAGGAUUGGGAAGGAAGAUACCACACAGAAGAAGUCAAACAAGAAUUUUGUAAACUUUUCAACCUGCGAAUUAUUUUACUAUUUCGAGAGCUGGCCAGCUUAAUCAUGACGCCUUUCAUUCUGUGGUUCUCUUUGCCAAAAUCUUCUGGCAAAAUAGUAGACUUCAUACGGGAUGUUUCGGUAUACGUUGACGGGCUAGGAUAUGUCUGCAAAUACGCCACGUUUGAAGUUCAAAAGCAUCACCAUGGGUUGGCAAAGAAAUCAGUAUUCCAUGCAACGGAAACUAAUAAAAAGGCAGGGACGGCCCUUGGAGCUCCGAAAGAUGACGAAUCCUCUGAUUCAGAAAGUGAGGAUGACAAUAGUGUGGGUAAGAUGAUGCGGUCGUACAUGUACUUCCUGGACAGCUAUCAAAACAACGACAAUGCCGUCGGGAAACACCAGUUGCCCAAGAGCCACACUCCUAUUAGUCAAGCGACGCUGCCUACCAAUCACUAUUCCUGGAAAAGACAGUUUCAGCCGGGCCAACGCCCUGAGAACUUUCGAUUAGGGCUUGAGAACAAAGCAAACUACAGCUCAAACCAUAGACCUCGAACAUCUCGACUAAAUGCGAAGCUACGUAACGAAGAUGCUGGCGUCGGGAGACCCCGCGGUAAGUUUGACAGCGAUUUGGGCGAGUCAUUUAUUAAUUCCAUCCCGUUAGGUGAGUACAGCAACAUUGAUGGGACUGAAGAUAAGGCUGGUAGGAAUGGCGUCCUUGGUCUAUUAAAUCAAUAUUACAAAAGUUCAGACGUCGGUAGAUAG